GUUCGCCGUUAACAUGACACUAGCAAGAAAAGCGCCGCAUUGAGCUUUCGACGAGCUUUUCACAACGCGCGCGGGAUUUAAUCGGUUCGCAAUAUUUUGAAUGUAACGCAUAAAUUAAAAAUUCAUAAAAAAAUACUACACUGAAUACAAAACUGAUAUAAGUUCGUUUUCGAAAAUAAUGCGCGUGCAGUACCGGUGUGGCGUAAAUUGAUUUUUUUGUAAAAGUUGUUUUUUAAAGCCGUCAAAAUUGAUCUAACAAUGUCUCUGGGUAAACAGCCCAAUGACCAUAUAAAGAGACCUAUGAACGCCUUCAUGGUGUGGUCGAGGGGGCAACGUCGGAAGAUGGCGCAAGACAACCCUAAGAUGCACAACUCGGAGAUCUCCAAGAGGCUGGGAGCGGAGUGGAAGCUGCUGACUGAGAUGGAGAAGAGGCCGUUCAUCGAUGAAGCUAAGAGAUUGAGGGCACUGCACAUGAAAGAACACCCCGACUACAAAUACCGGCCACGACGAAAGCCGAAACCGCUUGUCAAGAAGGAACCAAAGUUCGGUUUCGGCAUCAACGGCCUGAUGGCACCGGUACCGAGACUGGUGACUCCUUCGGUACCACACCCGGUGCAUCCACAGCUGCAUUCGAUGCCUCAUCACUUACUGCCGGAUAAACCUGAGUUGAGCAGAGCAUUGUUCCCGCCAUUGCCGUACCCGUUCUAUCCCUUUGCGAAGCUACCUUCAGAUGAUGGGAAGUUGGCUGCUGAGUUGGCGCAUUUGCAGGUAAUCUUCAGUAAGGCACUAUACGGCGGUGCGCUCUACAGCAGUGCUUUGUACAGCAGCGCCCUCUCCCCCUGCGGCUGCCCCCCUCGCCGGACCCCCUCCCCUCCCCCCGCUGACGUCAAGCGCCCCGUCGCCUACGUCCUCAUGAAGAGCGACGAGGAACCUCCUCAGCACGUUAUCUGAAGGCCGGUCGCGCUCCCGGCGAGGGUCUGGCCCUCGCACUGGGAGCGACCUUCCACCUCCGUACAGGAGCGCGAGACCAGCUCACCUGACAGUGUCUAAGACUGAAUGGAAGGACUUAUUAGAACAAACUCUGUGAAUAGGGAUGUGACAUCGAUUCGGCCUUUGAAUUGGUUUCGGCGAUAAAGUGAUUUCAAAAAAAGAACAGUGUUUUUGUUUUUACCGGCCAGAUACAAAUAGCUGCGAAGUAUUGUAUGUGAAGAUGGAAUGGUGCUGUUCGUGAGUAUGCAAUGAUGAUGAACUUUGUGCAAUCAAUGUUACUGUUAAUGUGCAAUGUACCUUAUUUUAGUUUCUCGUGAGGAGCACCUCGCACUUUGAAUAGAUAACAUAUCAUAGAAUUUACUCUUCAACUAUGUACUUACUAGACGUUAGUUAGGCGAAUUAAUGUCAAUUUUAUAAGAAAGGAAAGGCAAUUGGAGACUUUCAAACUGUGUUACCCAGAUUUUCUGUCUUGUGCACCAGAAAAACAAUAUGUUUUGUAACAUCUUUUAUAGUUUACCUCGUUAAAUACACCCCGUUUUAUUUGUUAUUUAUAACACUAAAAUACUGUAUCAUUUUUAGUACCGUCACAGGAUUUGUCUAUAAAUAAAUAUAUCUCAAACCUAAUGCAUCAAAUGUAUGUAAUCACUAAUAAUUGUAGUGCAAUAAUAAAUGUAAUAAAAUAUAAUCAAAAACAUUCAUAAUAAAAUAAUUGUAAGACUUGGAACACGAUUAAAGUAAUUCUCACCUGUAAGACUAUCACUCUUCUUUAUCGAUAUCUUCUUGCUUGUCUAUACCACUUAUCGAUAGUGCAUGGAAAUAUCGAUAUUGGAGCGUCACAUCACUAUAAUGUGAAUUAUAGUUUUUGUAAAUAGCACUUGUAUGUAAAUAAAGUCGUUAUUUUGGUUAUAAUAUUAUGUAUAGUGAACUUAAUAUUUAAGCAAAUAAUGUUCGUUACAAAAUAUUCAGUUCGAUUAUCAGGUUACCUACUUAUCUCGUAAAACAAAAUGUAAUCCAAUCUCGGUAUAUGUUUCUUUUUCUAAUUUGUUCAUUUUUAUAAACAGUAAGGAAUCUUAAAAUCUUAUGCAGGAACACAGGUAUUUUGAAUUAAUUUUAGAAUUUUUUGUUUAUACUUUUAUUUAGGGCUCGAAAUACAAAAAUAGGAUCUACUUAUUUUAAGUUUUCUUUAAACUUUUUUUGAGAGCAAUGUAUGACAAAGUUAUGUAGCGUCUUGUAGCAUCGAAAUAAUUUUAUAAGUUUUAUGUACUUAGUUCUCCCACCGAUAACUGUUUCUAUAAUACAUGUGUAUUAUUGAAUUGAAGUUAAUUGCUAUAACUUAAUAGUUAUUAAAAAAUGUUUGUAAAUUAAUUAUUAGUGACUUAAUUAUUGUUGAUAUUAUGUUAUUGUUGAAAUUUAAGUUUUAUAGGUUUUUAAAGUUUUUAGUUGUAUUCGAAGAAUGUUUGAUUUUUAUAAUGAUACGAAUAAUAAACGAUACAUCGG